AUGAAUUCGAAGAAGUGUUAUGUGUGCGCUUGUUGUGCUGGUCGUGUAACUGAUACUAGCCGACGUCCUCAAAUCGGAAAAUGCAUUCGACUUUUCGUUGCCGCCCGUUUGUUUCCAACGUUUCUGUCGACGGAUGCCUAUAUUUGUACAAAGUAUCGUAUAAUAUAUAGUAAGUGGAUAGCUUUGCCAGAUGUUUGCAAUAUAUUAAGAACGAUCGACAAUAAUCAUGAAACAGCAAGUGCGGUUAUUGGCAAGGCCAACGACGAAGAUGGAGGAACAGAAGUGUGUAUGGAUGCAGAAAAUAGCAGUGAUGAACCUAUGGAUGACGCAUCAGUUGAGACGGAUUUGAUGAGUGGCGGAUCUAAUAUUGUUAAUAAGGUAGAUAAAUCAUCCAGUGAGGAUGAAUCUUUCGAUGAUUCGACAGUCAAUGAUGAUCAAGUGGAAGAUGAAGAAAGAACAGUGGUUGAAGAUAAUAAAGUAGUAAGUUCAUUUCGAUGUAUCUUACCGUUACGUAAUUUUACUUUAAAGAUGGACACAACGGGCUCGGAUGAAAGCCUAAAUCAACAAAAUGUUGAAAUUCCAAUUGAAAUUGCAAUCUUUUCUAGAAAGUAG